CUCCUUCUUCGUCUUCUGGUCACAUUUCCCAAGAUGGCCGCGGCCGUGGUGAGGUUCUGCGAGUGCGGGCUUUUGAGGAGAAGAGGCGCUCUCAUGGCGUUCGGCUCCGCGCUUCGCCGCAGCUCCUCCGCUGGCGGAGGCCUGCUGCUUUCGCUACACAAACGCGGCGUUCUGAAGGACUCUUUCCCAGAGAACGCUGCCCAGGACCGGCUUCCCAAACUACUUCAGUCCGCUCCUCAGACUGUUUACUGCGGCUUUGACCCCACCGCCGACAGCCUCCACGUGGGUAACCUGCUCGCUAUCAUCGGCCUGCUGCACUUCCGAAGCGCUGGCCAUCACGUCAUCGCCGUGCUCGGAGGGGCCACGGCGCAGAUCGGAGACCCGAGCGGGAAGACGAGCGAGCGCGAGCGGCUGUCAGCGCCUAGCGUGGAGGCGAACUCGCGCACCAUCAGGGAGAGCAUCCAGAGGAUCUUCACCAACCACGAGUUGUAUUUCCAUGGCAGCGGGCGGACGCUGGGAACUGCGACGGUUCUGAACAACCUGAGCUGGUACAAGAACUGGGGGGUGGUGGAGUUCCUGUCGGAGGCUGGAAGGCACUUCAGAAUGGGCACCAUGCUGAGCCGCCACAGCGUGCAGGCCCGGCUGAAGAGCGCGGACGGGAUGAGUCUGACGGAGUUCACCUACCAGGUGUUCCAGGCCUUCGACUUCCACCACCUGAACCAAACCCGCGACUGCAGGAUUCAGCUGGGGGGCACUGACCAGCUGGGCAAUCUGAUGUCGGGCCACGACUACAUCCACAAGGUGAGCGGUGAGGAAGUGUACGGCCUGACCAUCCCAUUGGUGACCAGCUCGGUGGGGGACAAGCUGGGGAAAACAGCAGGGAACGCUGUGUGGCUGAACAGAGACAAAACCUCUCCCUUUGAGCUCUACCAGUUCUUCCUCAGGCAGCCUGACGCCAAUGUAGAGGGGUUCCUGAAGCUGUUCACCUUCUUGCCUCUGGCAGAAGUGGACAGUCUGAUGAAGCAGCAGAGGGAGGAUCCCGGUAAACGACUCGCACACAAGCGGCUGGCCGCAGAAGUGACCAAGCUUGUUCAUGGAAAAGAGGGUCUGGAGAGUGCCAAAAGGUGUACCAAUGCGCUGUAUCACAGCAGUGUGCAGGCCCUGGAGGAGAUGAGCGAUGGCGAGCUCCAGGAGCUCUUCAGGGAGGCGCCCUUCCAUGAGCUGCUGUUGGAGCCGGGCACCACCGUCCUCGAUGCCUGCCGCCUGGUCAGCGCCAUCCCCGAAGGACCCAGAGGGUACCAGAUGGUUUCAGACGGGGCCGUGUGGAUCAACCACACACGGGCGGACAAACCGGAUCAGGUUCUCAUCCCCAAACUCCACGUCCUGGCCAACGGACUCUCUCUGCUCAGAGUGGGCAAGAGGAACUUCUACAUCAUCAAGUGGCUCGGUCUUUGAGGCUGCGCCGCCAACCGCAGUGCCUGCACGCCGUAAAGGACUGACAGGUCAGGUAGGCGACUAAACCUGAACCCCGUUCAGCGAACAGACAUGGCCGGACUCAUAAUGCUACCUCUGUAAAUCCUUUGUUAAAUAUGUAAAUGUACAGACCAUUUUAGUAUUUAAAGCUAUUAAAAGAUUUGUUCAGAUCUA